AUGGCCGCCAACGAAGUGUUAAACGGCGUGAAUUUCUUCGAGGGCGUCGAAAAGCUGCUGGAAAUUUGGUUUACGACGCGCGACGGCGACCGCAAGUCCGCCGAUCUGCGGAGGAUCCCCAGAUCGAAAUUGGAGUCGCUGAUGAAGAUCGUCCGAUGCGAGAUAAUCAGUUUCGUGCGAAACGAGCAAAUCGACGCCUACGUGCUGAGCGAGAGUUCGAUGUUCGUAUCGAAGCGACGCUUCAUAUUGAAAACCUGCGGUACCACCACUCCCCUGCUGUGCCUCGAACCGCUCCUGCUGAUGGCCGAACAGUACGCCGGCUUCACCGACGUCGAGGACCUCUACUACUCCAGGAAGAACUUCAAACGGCCCGAUUUGCAGGUCCUGCCCCACCAGCACUUCGACCAAGAGGUGGCCCUGCUUGAUACGCUGUUCCCCGACGGGGCGGCGUACUGCCUGGGGGCGGUGAACCGCGACUGCUGGUACUUGUACACGUUGAAUCCGCUGCCGCAGAGGCCGCCGGCGAUGCCGAGCGCGCCCGAAGAGGCCGAUCAAACGCUGGAGAUCAUGAUGACCGAUCUGGAUCCGGAGAUCAUGGCGAUAUUCACGAAGGAGGAGUGCCUGAACGCCACCGAGGCUACCAAGAAAGCCGGCAUCGAUAAAAUUAUACCGAAUAUAAUCAUCGAUGAUUUCCUGUUCGAUCCCUGCGGAUAUUCCAUGAAUGGCGUGACAAAAAACAUUUGUUCGGAUGUUGAAGAUGGUUGCUACAUGACUAUCCAUAUAACACCGGAACCUGAUUUUUCUUAUGUUAGUUUUGAGACAAACAUUCCUUCCAGCUCCUACAAGGAGAUCAUCAGUAACGUUUUGAAAACGUUUAAUCCGGGAAAAUUCACCGUCACCGUUUUCUCCAAUCAAUUAUCGCCCACCAAGGACACCUCCAGGGAGCUGCUGUUCCUGAACCAGCUGGGCGACUGGCAGCGCCGCGACAUCCAGCAAUGCAGCAUCAAGAACUACGAUCUCGUCUACGCGUUCUUCUGCCGGUUCCCGAGCUGA